GUCAACACAGCAGCGGAGUCCUCCUGAUCUGAGGGAUUAUUGAACCGCGGACAACGAUGCUAACAUGCCGACUGAGAAGAAACUCACCAAGGAAGACACUUGGAAACCAGCCGAGCUGACCAAACACAUGAGGGACGCUGGUCAUGGAGACAGGAGGAGGGAGGAGAGAGAGAGGAGGGCGAGAGACAACACCAAAGAGGAGGAGAGAGAGAGCAGGAAGGCACGAGACAAUAAGGAUGAGGAGAGAGAGAGAAGGCGGUCGAGAGACCCCAGGGAAGAGAGACACGUAGAGAGGAAGAGUGAGGGAGCGGAGGAGAGAGAGAAGGAGAGGAGGAGGAGGGAGGGAGGAGCAGAGAGAGAGAAGGGGAGGAGGAGAGAAGGAGGAGAGGAGAGAGAGAAGGAAAGGAGGAGAGAGGGAGGUGCAGAGAGAGAGAAGGAGAGAAGAGAAGGAGGAGAGGAGAGAGAGAAGGAGAGGAGGAGAGAAGGAGAGGAGAGAGAGAAGGAGAGGAAGAGAGAGAGGGAUGCAGAUACGAGAGGACCUGAUAGAGGCUCCCAGAGACACCGAGAAGGAGAGAGAGAGAGGCACAAAGACCGGGCGAGGGAGAGAGGCAUAGGAGACGAGAAGGAUAAAAAGAGAGAGGAGAGAGAGGGGCAUAGAAGGAGAGAGGGAGGGAGAGAGGGGGAAAGAGAGGAGAGAGAGAAACACAAAGAGAGGGAGCAUCGGGAAGAGGGCGAUCGACGGCACGAUGAACGGCCCGACAAAGCACGACGAGUAAGACGCUCCGAGGAGAAGGAGGAAGAGAAAAACAAAGAACCCCGAAGCGACGGAGACAGGGUCGAGGAUGUCGGUGGGGGCGUGUCCACGGAGCUCAGGGAGCCGGAGGAGACCAAGGCCCGUCACCAUGGGGACCAAGACACUGGGGAGAAGGAGCGGCGGCGAGCGAGUAGACACCCGGUCCUCCCAGAAGCAGAAGCAGCGGGAGCAGAUGUUCCUCCUGCUGCCUCCGAGAGGAAGGUUGCUGCCGAGCCAGAGUCGGCGCACGGAGAGCCCGCGUAUGAGGACGACUUCGAGGAGUACGAGGAGGACUUUGAGGAGCUGGAUGAGAGUGGGGAGGAGGAGCAGGAUGACGAGGAGAAGGAGGAGGUGGUGGUGGUGGAGUCCCCUCGCCAGAAGAUGGGAGCAGAGAGGAGGAAGGAGGUGGAGGCCAUCCAGAGGGCCAUGGAGGAGGAGAACCGAAGAGCAGCAGGGGGGAGGAGCGGAACCGAGGAGGAGAUCAGACCCCAAGAGUCCGAGCAGACCCGUCCGGGCUCUCCUCAUCGCGGUUCUCAGAGAGGUCCUCAGCGCGGGAAGUUUAUCGACUUUGUGGCAGCGAAGCAGAGAGAAAUCAAUCAGAAAGUCGCCAGCAAGCAGAAGAAGCGCAGUACGGAGCUGCUGCGACUCGUGGAGUUGGACUUCUCUCCGACCUUCUCCCUCCUGGACCUCCCACCGCUCAGCCAGUACGACGUCUACAUCAAGAGCUUUGGGAACACCAACACCAAACAGGCCUAUGUCCAGUGUCGUGAGGACGACGGGGAGCGAGACGUCCAGACGGACCUCAUCGAGGUUCUGGACAGGUGGACCCAGCACCCGGCGGACCACACUGGAGCCUGUGGGGAACCAGGGCGGUCUCAGGACUCCCCAGAUGGGAACACGGCGCAGAUUAACAUCGACUCCCAGCGCCUGGCCACCUUCCUACACUCAGCCGUACAGGUGAUGUCGGUGCUGCUGGAGGAGGACCACGCUGAGAGACGGUCUCUGAGGACGACCAGCAGCCAGACGGACGCCCUGUCCUUCAGCGAGGGGAACCUGCAGCUCAACACCCAGCUGCCCUUUCUCCACGGUCGGCCCUGCAGCCUGCUGCUCUUCUCCGCGUCCCAGAGACAGACCCUUCUGUCGGUCCACGGCCCCCUGGCCCAGCCCGGGGCGGUCCGCCUGGACAGCUGGACCCUGCUCUGCGUCUGGAGCAUGUGGGAGCCGUCCCGACCCCAGAAGGUCCUGGUCUACGAGUCUGAGGUGAGGUGCUGCUGCUUCAGCCCAGGGAGGGGUGCCCUGGUGCUGGCCGGGACGUCGGACGGCUCCCUGGUGCUCUGGGACCUGAGAGAGCCGGCCGGGGGUCAUCACACCAUGACCGUCGCCGGGACCGAGUGGACCUUCAGACAGCCCACCUUCUCCACCGACGCGGUCCUCUCCGCCCUGGGGCACCACUCAGCAGUCAACACCAUCGCGGUGCUCCCCUCCCCCUCCUCCACCACCUCCACCUCCUCUACAGCCGCAGAGCCCCAGCCCCCCCUGCUGGCCAGCGAGGAGUCGGCGGGGACGUCCUUCCAGCUCGCCUCUCUGGACGAGAGGGGGGUUCUGAACCUCUGGGUGGUGCUGGAGUUGACCUCAGCCAGCCUGGCUGGAUCUCAGACUGACCUGGGUCUGAGGCCCGGAGGAAAGGUCAAGCUGCUACACAGCUCCUGUAUGCCUGCUGUGGAGAGGGAGGGCGCCGACCUUGAGGCCCUGCAGCUCCACUUCCUGCCCAGCGACGCCAACCACUUCCUCAUCACCACCAACAUGGGAGUGGUGCAUCAUGGGACGGUCCAUGGGUUCAGAUCCCCUCCCAGGGACUACGGCUCUCAGGAAGGGGGGUCGAGACCCCUCAACGUCACCUCCCUCCACUUCUCCCCCUUCAACCCCCAGCUCUUCCUGGUUGGCUGCUCGGACGGCAGCAUGAGGCUCCACAUCGUGUCGUCCCAUUGGCCGCUGGCUGAGUGGACCACCUGCCGAGGGGGCGGGGCCCCGGAGGUGGGUGUGGUCUCGGUCCGCUGGUCCCAGUCCAGACCGGCCAUCUUCUGCGUUCUUGACUCCGCCUCCCACCUCCACCUCUGGGACCUGAGCCGCGACGCCCUGGGGCCCGUCGCCACGGAAACGCUGCACGCCGACGGGGUGACGGCCAUGGCGGUGUUUGGCUCCGCCUCCUCCUCCUCCUCCUCCAAUCAGAGCUCGUUCUCCGGAGUGGCGCUGGCGCACCGCACAGGGAAACUCCAGCUCCACUACUUCAACCCCAGCUUCUCCUCGGCCAAUCACGCGGAGGAUGAGGGCGUCCUGCAGUCCAUGAUGCACCAAGCCCUCUGAUUGGCUCAGUUUGAUGUAUAAAGCCUCCUGAUUGGUUUAUAUUCAGUGAUGUCAAAACUAUUCUGAUUGGUUUAUAGUCCAUAAUUUAUAAAGCAUUCUGAUUGGUUUAUGGUUUAUGAUGUAUAAAGCAUUCUGAUUGGUUUAUCGUCCAUGAUGUAUUAAGCAUUCUGAUUGGUUUAUCGUCCAUGAUGUAUAAAGAAUUCUGGUUUGCUGGU